AUGUUCUCCCGUUUCUUCUGCAAGCUUCAAGCUCUCUGCUGCCUCGCCUUCGUUUCAGGAACCAUCGCCUUCGCUCCUACAGCUCCUUGGAAGCCUGCCAUCAAGACGACGCUGAGAAACAUGCCCGGAGGAAGGAGGUAUGCUCGCUUGCUUGAGCUUUUCUGCCGCAGUGAUAGUUUCAUCAGGCCUUGCCCCCUUCGAUCGCUGCAUCCCCGUGCGGCCAGGAUGAGCAGAACAUCGUUCGGCUUGUUUGCUUCGGCUCAGAAGCAGGAGGUUGUCGUGUGGACUAAGGAAGAUGUUGUGGAGUGGCUCAAAAGCGAGGGCUUCAAUGAGGAGUGGACAAACGCGUUCCUGCAGAACGACAUUGACGGGGAGGCGCUCUCCCUGCUCAAGGACCCAAUGAUGCUGGACUCGAUGAGCAUCCCGAAGCCUGUCGGGCAACGGCUCAAGUUCUGGCAGAGACUGGAUGUGCUCCUGCAAGGAUCAGCGGGACAGCAGAAGGCUGUAGAGCCGGCGGCGCCAGCCCCAGUGAGCGAGUCGAGGACGAAGACGAUGAUGAGGGAAAUGUCGUUCGAGGACGCUGUGCGAUUUGCGGGCAGCUCGACAGCAGCACCGCUGCAGGGGGACAAGGUGGACGCGCUGGUGAGGGAUGAGACGGCCUUCAUCGAGUCCAUGUGCGAGCUGCUUGCCGAGCUUGACGCCAAGGACAGGGACAUUACGCUGUUGCUGGACAUGAAGGACCGGCUGGUGCUGCUUUUCUCCGUGGUUGUGGUGGGUGAAUUCAACGCUGGCAAGUCAUCCCUGAUCAAUGCGAUCUUGGGGUCGAAGUUCUGCGAGGAGGGUGUAGUUCCCACUACGACAACCAUCAACAUGCUUCGAUAUGGGACUGGGGAGGAGAGCGGUAAGAAACAGAGGAACAAGGACUACCAAGAGCUCUUCCUGCCUGUGGAGCUUCUGCGCCAAGUGACUCUCGUGGACACCCCGGGGACCAACGCGAUCAUCAAAGAGCAGACGCGGCUGACGAAGGGCUUCAUCCCUCAGAGUGACCUCAUCAUCUUCGUGACAAGCGCCGAGAGGCCCAUAACAGAGACGGAAGGGAAGCUGCUGGAGUACAUCCGAGAGUGGGGCAAGAAGGUUGUGAUGGUGCUGAACAAGGUUGAUCUCUUCGACAGCGAAGAGAACCUCGAAAAGGUGAAACAGUUCGUUCGCGAGAAUGCUGCGAGGAUCCUCGGGGUGGAGCCUCCUGUCUUCGGCAUCGCCGGUCGUCUUGCCCUCCAGUCGAAGCUGAUGCAAGCGGACAAGAGUGCUGACCCCAAAGCUGCGGAGGAUCUGUGGAAGGAGAGCCGGUUCGAGGAGCUGGAGUCUUACGUCGUCCGGACGCUGACGGACAAGAAGGAGGCGGCAAAGCUCAAGCUGGAAUCUCCCCUCGGGGUCGCAGAGAGGUUCCUCGUGAACUACAAGAAGGCUUCGGAGCUGGGGAAUCAGAUCACGGAGGACGACAAGCAGGUGCUGAACCAGAUCAAGCAGAGCAUCGAAGUCUACGAGGCCGAGAUCGAGUCCGAGAUGAACUUCCAGUUGAAGCGCCUCGACUCCAUCCUUAACUCCGUCCAGCAGAGGGCGAAGACGACCACCUCCAAGGUGCUCAGCGGCACCUACAUCGCCAGCAACAUCGUCGGCUGCCUCACCAAGAGCAAGUCGAUCGAAGGCGAGCUGGAGGCUGCUAUGGACGUUGAUCUCGACAAGGAGGUGAAGGAGCUUGCGGAAGACUUCGGGCGCAUCCUCCGAGACAAGCAGGAAGCUCAGUGGAACCUGUGCUCUGCUCUCAUCGACCAGAGGCUUCGCAGCCGCCAAUGGAAGCAGAUCAGCCUCCAGAAGCCCGACACCUCUCUCGCCCUCCGCUCCAUGCAGGAGACCCUGGAGAGCCCCAGCGCCGGCAUCUCCGCUCAGUUCGAUCCCCGCAUCGAGCGCAUGGUCCUUGGUCAGUCGGUGACGCAGAAGGCGUUUGACGUGGCGGUUGCAACUGCGUCAGUAGCCGGAGGAGGUCUGCUCGCGUUGGAAGUCUUCAAUGCCGGCCUCCUCGACGCCCUGGCCUUCCUGACGACCGGCGGAGGCCUCGCCUACUCCCUGGGGGUCUACCCGAGCAUCUUGCAGGAUGAGGUGGCGGAUGAUCUCGACUCCCGAUCGGCCAAGUGGAAGGCAGCGGUGAAGGAGGACGUGGAGAAGCUCUUCCAGCAGGCGGCCAGAACCUCGGCCUUCGAGAUCGAGCAGGCGUUCGCUCCCUACGUGGAUGCCGUCUCGGUGGAGGCGGAGCGAUGGACUAAGGUGAAGCAGCGGGUGGACGCGAACCUGCGGGAGUUGUCGGAGCUUCGCGGGCGUUUGAAGUCUCUUUGAGCACGACGUAGAGCUAACAAGUAAACCCUCGCGCUAGAACG